AUGAUAUGGUCUACCGCCCCAUUCCAAAAAUUGUACGAUUCUAUUGAAAAUGAUCAAUUCGAUUAUAACUUGUUCAAAGAAUUGUUACCAGAUUUGCAACAAUUGAAUCUUACCAACGAUAAACCUAAAAACCAGAAAAGUAGGGCACAAGUGGAAUCAGGGAAAAUUACAUUAGCAGAUAAUAAUAUUAUUACGAACGACGAUGAGAAUGAUACUAAUAAUAACCACAACACAAUUACUUAUAAUCUUAAACAACAAUUCAUCAUUGCCACCAUCUCCUUGUCGGAUGAAUUAAAUUUGGAUGAACUGAUUGUGGCCCAAUUAAUUUUGUCUGACUUAGAAAAAUCUAAUCUAUUAGAUUCCUUAGAUUCACUAGAUAAUGCAACAACUUUAAUUAUUUCAGGUAAACGUCAAUUUUUCUUCAGAAGGCAAUUUAUCUUACAAAUUACCGCCUUUCUUUUAAAUUGUUUAGACACUUCAAACCCAAUAUUACAAGAAUUGGUACAAGAUUCAUUGAAAAAUAAUAUAUUAAAAUCUUUCGAGUCAAUUCAUCAACAAUUAGAAGAUAUCAAACAGUCAAUAAAUAAAGCAAAAAUCUUGGAAAAUAAUAAUGAUCCAAUCUUCAUACAAAAUAUCAAAUUUAAAAGAGAUUUCCUUCUAAAAGAAUAUGAUACAUUAAGUCAAAUAUUAACAGGUUUAAUUAAUAAAAAUUUCUUAUUGAAUUAUAAUGAUAUUAAUAAUAUUAUCAAUCAUAUAAUCACCUCUUUGAAUCCAAAUGAUUACUUUAUCAUUUAUUAUUUACCUGCAUUGUUUAAUGCCUUUAAUAAAUUAGAGGAUAUGCCAUCUAAUGAUGUUAAUCUUCUAUAUUCAAAUUUCAUAAAAGAUCUGAAAAAUAAUGAUUCGAUUUAUGAGCAACCAAUUAAAGUCACAUUGAUUUUCAUCUUUUUAACACUCUUCAUCGAUUGGUGUAAUUCAAAUCCAACGGUCAGAACAAAGGAUUUAGAUUUCAAAACUGAUAUAGAUUACCCAAUGAUGUUAACCGUAGAAUUAGGUGCCAUAGAACAAUUAUUAAUUAUCGCAGCAGAUACUUCAGAAUUCAUGAAUGAUCAGACUUUAGAAUUAAUUUAUGAUAUCAGAUCCUUGUUAGAAACACAUAUCCCCAGAUUUAGGCCAAUUCAAUUACUCGACGAUCCAGUAGAUUAUGAGAAUGCUUCAAAUAAUGAUAAUAAUAACAACAACACUCAACAUCCACAUUCAAUAACGAAUAAUUUCAGUUAUAGUGACGCGAUUAAUACUAAAAAAGGCAUUACUCCCAGUGAAAAUAAAAACUUGAAAUAUAGCAAUAUUGCUCAAUCGCAGUAUAAUAAUAUCAGACUGUCAGAACAAACUCAAGAUUUCCUUGUUUCAUCAUUUCAUAAUGUUCUACAAAAAGUUAUUACGAAUUGUGCCUUCCUAUUAACGAAGAUUAAAGAUACGGAGGAAGAUUCUUUACUAUCAGAAGCUGACUUGACUUUAGAUGACAUUGCAGCAAAGGCAGACUUAGAGCGUUUCUUUAUAACGAUUUAUUUCUUUUACGCUUCAAGACCAACUUAUUCAAAUGAAUUUUGGAAAGAUAAAGAAUCAAAUGCAUAUGGGUUUAUUGAAUGGUCAUCAAAAUGUACGGAUAGCUUAAUGAGAUCAUGCUUUUAUUUGAUGAUAUCAAGUCUAUCAUUUGGUCAAGAAAAUUCCACAAACGUUUUCCAUUAUUUUGGUAAUAAUAGUAUUGUAUCAUGGUCAACCAUUGUCCAAUGUUUGAAAGAGUAUAAUUUAAGGAUUAGUAACUUGCCAAAUGUGAUCCACCAACGACAAAAUUUAGAGCAAGACACCGAUUCAUCAUCGUCAUCUUCUUCCGCAACAGCUACAAAGGAAAUUGAUUCAUUGGCGAUCGCCUUCGAAGAAGGUUUAAACGAAGAAACAACAAUCUUUUUAUCAUCUUUAUUGACGCUUGUCGGGUCAGUAGCAUUUGACGUGCAAUCAGAUAUUAAGAUAUCAUUAUCCGGUUUAUUCAUGGAUCCAAUCUUUGAGUUUGCUAAAUUAGAAACACCUCUAAGUGGCGCAUGUUUCAAAACACUAAGUUAUUUACUUCCUUCGUCAAUAGAUGCAAGGUUAAAUUAUUGGCAGUCCUUAGAUUCAAUAUUAUUUAAAAAUGUUUCAUUAACAAACACAACAGAUUCUUAUAGAUCAGCAUUUGGUUAUACUCUGAAGACUUUUAGUGAAAUAGUAGGUUUCCUAUCUCUUUUCAAUAAUCUUUUGAAAAUAAAUCCUCAAGAUAUAAAUGAAAAUGGCCACUUAUCAUUCGGGAAACAGAACUUCCCAUCAAAAUUGGGUCAAGUUUACAGAAAAAUGGGUAUAUGGCCUUAUUUUGACUAUAUUCUCAAUGAAAUAUUUGUUCCCUCUAAACUAAUAUUGAACGACUUUGAUAGAAGAGCUAUACAGACUCCAAUAUUGGAAAUAAUAGAAACAUCGUUAUUAUCUUUUGAUUAUUCUGCUAUAUUAAAUUCAAUUACUCUUGGAAUAAAUUUGGAUACGCUAGUUAAUACUUCGGAUUUCUUUACUUACGUUCAAGAAUCUCCCGCGCCAGUUGUAUUCAACCAUUUAUUUGCUCAAAAUGUCCAUUCUACCCUCUUUGCUAUCAUCGAUAUUGGUAUCGACCAUAUAUCAAUUGAUUUAGAGGGAGGGAAAGACCAAAUGAACUUACUCACAAGAUCGAUCAAGAUAAUCAAUUUGAUUUUGGAUUUCCAGGGAACUUUUACUGAAGAAUUACUUCCAAUAAUAAUUAAACAAGAAAAUAAGAGCUACUACAUACCAAAAAAUUUUGGUUUACAUGGUUUCCGUUCCUUUUAUGAUACUAUUUUCUUCAAUUUACCAGUGGUAGCACAUUUAGGUUUAUACGUUGGUCUGGAUGAUACUUCGUUAGUGUCUGAAUCACUUAAAGUUUUGAAAAAAUUAUCAUUGAAUUCUCCUUCGAAUGGAACUGAUUUAAAUAGCAAGAAUAAAUUGUUUACAAUUUUCGAUGCAGUCGACGAUUCAGCUCGGAUAAAAGAUGCAUUUAUUUCUCAAUUAGAAGUACCAAUUGAGAAUGAUGGACAAUUAUCUUUGAAAAUUCAGUUACUGAAUUUUAUCAACUCCAAUUUAUCAUUUACAAAGCCUGCUGUUACUGUUGCCCAUUUUCUAUUGGGACUACAGGCAUCGAAUGGCAUUUCUUUAGGCCCAGAAUUACCAACAUUUAUUAACUCGGAUGUUUCCUUAUUGAAUUCUAUCGUUUCCAUUUUAGAAUCAUCACUAGAUAUCGUUACACCAGAACAGAUACAAUAUGCCCCAAUGCGUUUAGCAUCUAUUUCUUUGGAAAUCAUUUUGAAACUAUGCCGUAAUCCAUUGACCUCAUCGUUGCUACUUGAUUAUUUAACAAAUCAACAUUUUUUUGAAAGGAUUAUGGAAAUUGACGUUCAUAUUACCAAAUUUACUCAGUGGGAUGGUAAAUCUUUUGAUUCUCUCUCAAUUGAUAGCGGAUUCGACUUUUUGCAAUCAGAAUCCAUUGGCGCAUUAUUAGCAUUCUUAUCUUAUAGGAAUUAUUUGAUUCAAUAUUUAGGACUAUUCAUUCAUAGAUGUUCUUUCAUGGGUACGAAGCGGAAUAUUCUAACUUACGUAAAUUUUUUGAUUACCAAUAAAAUUUAUUCCACUAGAAUAUUCUCGUUUUUGGAUAGUUUGAAUUAUGAAAAUCUUCCAAUAGACGAACACUUAUUCAAAAACUUUAAGUAUCUGAAUGCUUUACCUCUUAACCUCGAAAAAUUUACAUUAAAUGAAAAAUGCGCCGGUAAUAUUUACAGCUUGAAUGACCUGAAUUCUUUAAUGAGUGUUGCCCAAAAAGUUGUCAAGCCACCUUUACACGCGACAGCAUGUACCACGGAUGAAGUGGGCGAAGCACAGAAAGAAACUUUGGUAAAGGAAAUCGUAAUGAUGAAAUUUUGUGUCUCUAGUUAUUUGAGCAAUAAGAAAUUCCAAGAACUACAACUCUUAAUCCUUCAUUCUUGGGUACAAUUAGUUCAGGUCAUAGUUACAGAUGGGAAUUUAUCACCAUUAUCUCGUUCAAAUUUUAUUCUGGAAGUAUUUGAGACUAUCAUUCCUAAGAUAAAUGAUUACGUUGAAGUAAAUACUUUGUUUUCAGAGGAAUUGACAUCAUUGGCUGUAUUUUUGAACGAUCUUUAUCAAAAAGACCGCAUGGUGGUAGACAAUCUUCGUUUCGUCGAUAGUAGGUUGUAUAACAUGUUUAAAGUGUGCUUGCACGGUAUCAACUCACCAUUAUCAACGCCCACUUUGAGGUCUGAUUUUUAUGUUUUGGCAAAUUCAUAUUUAGUAAGAAGAAUAAAGGAAAACACGUUGGUGAAAGAAGUUAUAAUGGAUAUUAGAAUGCAUAAUGAGAAAUUGCUUGAGGUCAUUUGCAAUGAUGCGAUCUAUGUUCAAGGAACUUGCAAGAUAACAGGUAUACUUUUAUUGGAUUCCCUCAUCCAAUUAGGUAAUAUAAAUAAGGCGAAUUUUGUUUUGGACAAUUUAAUGAAAGGAACCCAACUUCAGCGUAUAGCACAAACGCUGAAAAGUACAGAUUUAUUGCUCACCUCUACUGCAGAGCAUAUAACUAUAGAUGAUUUGUUAUAUGAAUUAACAGCGUUCAAGACUACAGCUUCAUUCUUAGUUCGUGUUGCUGAGACAAGGAUUGGAGCCCAGUCUUUACUUCAAUGCAAGAUACUACAAAUCAUAGGGGAUCUUUCAUUUUUGAAAAUCGAUCCUGAUUUAGGAUCAGAGCUAAUUUUCAAUGAGUCUCCCUCAAAGAAUUCAGAUUUCAUUAAAGUGAAUAUUAAUUUAACAAAUUCUAUCAAUGGUGUAGCUUCUAGUAAUGGCGUAUCGCUUUUUGAGGUAAUAACACCAAUAUUCCGUCUUCUCUGUUCCAUACUACUGAGCUUGGGCAGCACAAAUAAGUCAGUAAUCAGCAAUGUCAAGAAACUGUUGAUGGAAUUCCGAAAGUUACUUGUUGGAAUUUUCAAGAAAGAUGUAUUGAAAGAAACGCAAGACACGGUUCAGUCGACGAAAUCAGCUUCAGAAGAUUGGCAAGAACUAGUUAAAUUGGCCGUCGUUCUGUGCACACUGACUCAAUAUGACGGUAGGGAAUCUAGCAUGCUGUAG